UUCUCAGAUUUCAACAGUGACGGAAACAUGACAGCUUCCAAUUGUUUUAAAGGGGAGUAGUUGGGAGUAGUAAGUGUGCCUCUCCCAUUCACACGUCUCACACCAGCAUACACAGAUGGAGGCUAUUCGGUCUUGACAGAGUGGAGACCGUGGAAGCUUUGCUGGACACAAGGACCUGAAGGAAGAGAAGGAGAAGAAAGGCGAGAACGAAGAGUGGGAUAAUAAUGGAGUGUAAAGAGAAUGUGAUCCACUACCUCAGCUGGGGGUUCAUCGUCAGUGGGGUGGCGUAUCUCCUUCAGCAGACCAGGACCCAGACCCCGUACGGACGCUACGUGACCUCGGAUGGGACCCCAGGGAGGACCUGCCCUGCCAAGCUGGCCUGGUUCCUCCAGGAACUGCCUUCUUUCCUGGUGCCCAUGCUCCUUCUGCUAUCCACCGACACACAGCCCAGCCUGGGCAAAGACCUGCUUCUCUGGACCUUCUGUCUGCACUACUUCCAAAGAACAUUCAUCUACUCUUUGCUGACCAAAGGCCGCCCUUCCCCUCUCUACAUUGUCUUCUCUGCGGUAGUCUUCUGCUCUGUCAACGGUUUUCUCCAAGGCCACUACAUGCUCCACUGUGCCACGUACGAUGAUGCGUGGCAGACCGACAUUCGUCUGUACACCGGUUUGCUGAUGUUUUUCCUGGGAAUGGCCAUCAACAUUCACAGCGACCACAUUCUUCUCAAUUUGAGAAAACCCGGAGAAGUUGUUUACAAGAUUCCCAAAGGGGGAAUGUUUGAGUAUGUCUCCGGAGCAAACUUCUUUGGAGAGAUUCUGGAGUGGUGCGGGUAUGCCCUAGCAACGUGGUCCCUGCCGACGUUCUCCUUUGCCCUUUUCACUAUGUGCUCGAUUGGACCGCGGGCCUACCACCACCACAGGUACUACCAAGAGAAGUUUGAAGACUACCCCAAGUCGAGGAAAGCUGUGAUACCUUUCAUAUUAUAAGAAGAACAGCAAACCGGAGAAGCCUUAAUAAAUGGACUGACCUAGCUAAAGUCAUUAGUCAUAGCCAUGAUAUUGGCAUUUACUGAACUCUGAAAUUAAAUACUUGUCCAAUAUUGCUCUGUUCUGUGGAGCCCAUUUGACCAGGCUUUAGCUUUCAUUAACUAGACAUAUUCCCAUCAUCUCAUUGUAUUCAGAGCUAGAUCAUAUUCCACACCUGCAGCAACAGAUCUGUAAAUCCAUACUCCCAAAUGCUUGGAGGAAUAAAUUAUGUGGCAGCAUUCAGCAUGGUCAAAGCUCAAUGAAGGAUAAAGAAUUCAGGUUAAAGAGAAAGGGGGUGGUGGGUAGGUCUUGAAAGAAUAAAGGAAAAACUUUUUUUUAAUUCCAAAGGGACGACUGACUGCCUUUUCCUCGUUGUGCAAAAAGCGAUUUCUUAGACAGAUGCACUACUUCACUUUUGGAAAGGCUCAUUAAACCUCUGCUUAUUUACCUUGGGUCUG